AUGAGACUAACCAACAGUGCGGUGCCAGUCUAUACGGUUUCUGGGUCAUCGGCCUCUCGCAGUCUUCCGGACUGGCUUUCGCAGCAGCAGAAGCGCAAGAAAGAUCCAGAGUUUGCCAACCGCGUCGAGCUGCUGCAAGACUUCGAGUUUGAGGAAGCCAGUCAAUGCGUGCGAGUCAGCGAAGAUGGCGAAUGGGUUAUGAGCACUGGGACAUACAAGCCACAAAUCCAUACACAUUACCUGCCAAACCUGGCGCUCUCAUGGGCAAGACACACGAAUACUUUGAACAAGACAUUCAUCUUUCUCUCCUCCGACUAUUCCAAGUCCGUUCAUCUCCAAGAAGACCGCUCCUUAGAGUUCCACACACCAGGCGGAUGCCAUGACUCGCUACGAAUACCCCGGUAUGGCCGCGACCUCGCGUAUGACCGGAGCAAUACCGAACUGCUGGUACCUGCGGCUGGUGUUAAUGCGAAUGGUAUGGGAGAGGUGUUCAGAAUCAAUCUUGAGCUGGGGAGAUUCAUGAAUGAAUUUGAGGUAGACGUCGGAGGCGACGACCUGAGCUCUGUAGGCGGUGGUGCAUUACAAGGAGGCAUUGGAGCCGGCAGUGUAAACGUCGCCGCUGUGGCAGAAGGCAGCCAUAAUGUGUUGGCAUUCGGAACGUCACUUGGCACGGUCGAGUACUGGGACACACGAUCAAGAGCUCGAGUGGCUACCCUUGGUGUGCCUGCCGACUUUGAAGGACGAUCCGAGGUAACGGCACUUGACUUCCAUCGAUCUGGCAUUAACAUGGCUGUGGGGACUUCUUCUGGUCUCAUCUACCUUUACGACCUCCGAUCCUCCCUCCCGACUUUGAAGAAGGACCAAGGUUACGGUUACCCCAUUCACUAUGUGCAAUUCUUGACACAGGGUGUCAAAACCCGAGAUUCCAUCGGGGAACCCAAAAUUGCGUCGGCAGACCGACGGAUAUUGAAGCUCUGGGAUGAAAGGGACGGGACACCAUGGACCUCGGUAGAGCCAGCUGUGGACAUUAAUUGCGUUGCUUGGUGCAAGGAUAGCGGCAUGUUCCUGACGGCCAAUGAAGGUCGACAACAACACGCGUUUUUCAUUCCUCAGCUUGGACCGGCUCCAAAGUGGUGUUCGUUCUUGGACAAUGUCGUCGAGGAGAUGGCAGAGGAUCCAAAUGAUCCAUAUGCCUUCUCCAAAUCAAAGAUAGGGGAGGUGUACGAUAACUACAAAUUUCUCACGCCGACCCAACUGCGCAUGCUCAACUUGGAUCACCUUGUGGGCAAGACGAAUCUCCUCCGACCCUAUAUGCACGGUUUCUUCGUGGCUCAGGGCUUGUAUGAAGAGGCCAGGCUGAUUGCAAAUCCGACCAGCUGGGAAGAAGAGCGGGCAAAGCGUGUCCAGGCGAAGAUUGACAAAGAACGCGAAAGCAGGAUUCGCGGCAAGAAAAAGAUUAGCGUCAAAGUCAACCGGAAGAUGGUGGAAAGAAUUCUCGAACGCGAAGAGAAGAAUGAGAGGCGCCGCGCUCAGCGGGUUCUGGCACAAGGAGGCGACGAGACUGCUCCUAUGGAAGCCACCAAAAUCCACUCGGCUCAAGAUCAAGAAAAGGGUCUUCUGGCGGAUUCGCGUUUUGCCAAACUCUUUCAAGAUGAAGAUUUUGCUGUGGAUGAAACUUCCAGAGAGUUUCAGCAACUCAACGCCAGCACCAAAGUGCCUUCAUCAGAUCAAGCCCAAGAAAAGGCGCUCACCGCCGUUGAGGAAGAAGCAAUUGAUGAGAUACCGAGGUCGAGUGACGAAGAUCAGACUGAAGAAGAAGACAAUGGUCUUCGAUACAAGACGAGAGAUCGAAUAUCUACUGCCGACUACAAACGCCGUCCCAGCAAGAAACAGAGAAAGAAGGGUGAUGAGAUUCAAAUGCAUGUUUCGUCAUCUGCGUCCAAAAAUGCCGUCAGAACGCCACAUCACCGUUCCUUUGGCUCUCGAGCUGAAAGUUUUAGGCCGGUCGAACGAGCGCGAAGAACAAGGUUUGGGGAUGCUGUCGGUGACAAGGUUAUCUCGUUCGAUCCAACAAAGAAACCGAAGCGAACAGACAACGCUAGUGGUGGGAAUGCCGAGACAUCGAGAAGUCAAGAUCGGAGAAGCGCGUCAGGUAACACGUUUAGGAGAAUGUGA